UUUUGCUAUAUCACGCGUGGUGUCGCAGUCCACAAGAAACCCUUGUUAUUUAGUGGUUACAAGGUCACAGCUCAGUCACUUUCGAGAGCUCGCAGCAAGAGGAGUCCCAUUACCUUGAAUGUGGCAUAACCUUUACCCCAUCCUGGUCUGUGUGAGGCACUUGAUAUCUGAAUAUUUACAACCGCACACAUUUAGCGCUUUCGACUCCUAUUCGAGUUCACACAGUCGUGCAGAGACGCUGCAAUGAGGAUCAAUAAGAAGCUUAUAGCAAUUAAGGCUCAUUAUUUUUGCCUACUAGGAAGUCAUUCCACUGUCCUUCCCUUCGUGAUGGUGAUGGCGACACAGCUGGGUGUCCCGGUCUCGGUGUCAGGAACGUUGAAUGCCUCCUCGCUCAUCAUAGUGCUCUUUUUCAAGCCUAUAAUAGCCACUAUAGCAGAUACAUUUCCUUCUUUGCGACGGACCAUAUUUCUUGUCACCAUGUGUGUAUCGUCUGUGUCCUUGGGUUGUAUCUACUUCGUCCCAUCAAUGCAAGAUAUUCCCAGGCUUCAUGGUCAGCUAGUCAGCGUCACUCAACUCAUGAAUUUCAGUGAUCCUACAUAUCUUUUCUCGGGGAAAAGUCUUGACAGUAAGAAAUCAGCGAAAAAUUAUGGCGAGUGUUACAUGAUUUCUGCUGUGGACUGCAUGGCUACAUGUACUGAAUGCUCCAUCCACACUCUUCGGUUUAAUCUGGCUCCCUUCAAUCCCACCGAUAUGAGUCUUGAAGAAAAUGAGAUGAGUGAAGUUCUCCGCAUGAAUAUGACUCAUUUGUCCACGGAAGAACCGCCAGAAGUAAUGCAACAUUAUUUGGUGAAAGGCUUAUCAGAUUCUUCAGAUAAAUGGCAGAACAUCAGCAUAGAAUGUCCAAGACCAGAAUGGGAGGGUCCAUCCUGCCAAGGAGUACUAGGACGCUGGCAGUUCUGGAUGUUUGGUGGACUGCUGAUUGUGGGAGCUAUUUGUGUGUCCACCGAUAUAUCCUUCACGGACGCCAUUAUUAUGGACCUUAUCGGCAAGGACGGAAACUACGGAUUUCAGCGAGCUUGGGGCACUAUAGGCUGGGGCGUCAUAUCUGGCCUCAACGGCUUUCUUAUCGACUACUGGUCGGGCUCAUCCCUCGACAAAAACUGGGCUCCUGCAUUUGUGGUCUUCACUAUACUGUGUUUGGCUGAUGUACUCCUGUCGGGCUUUUUCCUAAAGGUUCCCGAGAUAAAAAGCAACAAACCAGUGUUGGAAGAAGUGUUGCCUCUUCUUCGCAAGCCUCACUUCAUCGUGUUCUGCAUCUUUACCAUGAUCGCUGGAAUGUUCGAUGGUUUUUGUGUCUACUUCUUAUUGCUAAUGCAAGAGGACAUGGCCAGAGGAACAAGCGCUCUGAAUAACCUGAGGAUGCUGCAAGGGAUCACGCUGUUUGUUCAAUGCAGCGUCGAAGCUCCCCUAAUGUUCGUCAAUCACUGGUUCAUGCGCAGGUUUGGAGCCCAGCGAGUGAUCUCACUGGUGUUUCUGCUCUAUGUCGUUCGCUUAUUUGGUUUGGCGGCGACCGGUGCGUGGGGUCCAAUAUGGUCCACCCUGGUAGUGGAGUUGCUUAAUGGACCAUGCUACGGCUUGGGUUUCACAGCGGUGGUGGUGUAUGCAGCCAAUGUGUCACCCAAGGGCACCAAUACCACAGUGCAGAGCCUGAUUGGCGUGGUCUAUGAAAGCUGCGGAUAUGCCCUUUCUCUGCUCCUGGGUGGACAGAUGUGCGAAAGGAUGGGAUGCCCUACAAUGUACCUUCUGUUGGGCAUCUUCUCAGUUGUCAUAUGCCUUCUACACGUGGGUUCUUUAUGCCUCUGGCCUUCACUGAACGCUGAUAAGAAAUCAAAACACACAACUGGAGAUCAGGGCGUUCAGGAUUGCAAGAUGGAUAAAGAUAAGCAGUCUUCAGAGAUAAGAGAAAGAACUUGUGAUGAGGAUUGCAAAAUGGAUAAAGACGCACACAUUUCGGAGAUGAAGGAAAGUGUGUGCAAGAAGGAUGAUGUGAUAGAGGUGACUCGCUUGUAGGAUGGCAGUAUAUUGUAGUCUCAGGCUGGAGUGUAAAUUACACAUAAGGAGGUGUAUACACGUGGGUAGAUUCCUUGGCCGGUUUAUUUUGAAUAGAGUGCAGCGGAGACGCAGGGAGUGUGUGCGAGCGGGUGUGUGUUUCUCCGUCUCUAAAAGUGGACUGGACUGGUGCUUCUCUGUGUGUGUGUGUGUGUGUGUGUGUGUGUGUCUAGAUGAGGGAGGGGGGGAUCAGGUCAAAUGAUGGUGGCGGUCGCAGCCGGCAGGAAAGGUGCGGAAUUUCCACCGGUAUAGGUCUAAAUAUUAAAUGUGUGUGUGUGUGUGUGUGUGUGUGUGUGUGUGUGUGUGUGUGUGUGAGUGUGUGUGCACGACACUAUAGAAGGAUCUUGUAUAAUAAACAGAAAAAUAGAGAGAGAGAAAUAAAUGAUUUAGGACUCACUUCACAUGUACACAAACGAAUAAAUAAAGACUAAAUUAUUUGUAUUAAUGUGGUAAAACAAUAUGGGGACAUGAUAUCAGAUGGUUUCGAUUAUAAGCGGUGACCUGGAUAAGCAACAGUUUUGUCUUCCGGGUGAUCGGAUAACUCAGUCAGCAAACAACUUAACCAAUGAACGAUUUGGCCAGUGACAAAAACCAGUGAACGACUCAAUCAGUGAACAACUCAACCAGUGAACAACUCAAUCAGUGAACAACUCAAUCAGUGAACAACUCAAUCAGUGAACAACUCAACCAGUGAACAACUCAAUCAGUGAACAACUCAACCAGUGAACAACUCAACCAGUGAACAACUCAACCAGUGAACAACUCAACCAGUGAACAACUCAACCAGUGAACAACUCAACCAGUGAACAACUCAACCAGUGAACAACUCAACCAGUGAACAACUCAACCAGUGAACAACUCAAUCAGUGAACAACUCAAUCAGUGAACAACUCAACCAGUGAACAACUCAAUCAGUGAACAACUCAACCAGUGAACAACUCAACCAGUGAACAACUCAAUCAGUGAACAACUCAACCAGUGAACAACCCAACCAGUGAACAACCCAACCAGUGAACAACCCAACCAGUGAACAACUCAACCAGUCACUAUUGGUUUUUUUUUUUUUUUGACAAGUGAACCUGUGAACAAUUGCAUAAGGAAGAUUAUUGAAAUAUUCUUACCAAAUAACAUGCACUACCCAAUGAAUAUAGAAUGUGAACCAGUGAGCAGUGGUUUAGUCAUGAUUGUCAUCAAAGAGGUUAAAUAAUCAGUGUAAUCAGGAUCUGUCACCUGCUGCCACAUUAUGGACUGAAACCUUUCUGGUUUUAUCAUGUGAUUUUCCUUUGUUGAUAAGAUAUAUAAAGAUGAAGCUCAUAAGUUGGAUCUCGACACUAAAUUCUGUGAAACCAUUAAUAGGUUAUAGUAAUAAAAUUAGCUGUUUAUUAAUUUUAUCUUCCCUGUGAUUGCACCUUAAUACUUUUUUGCAAAUAAAAGUAGUGUUUUGUUUUAAACUGUGUUUCAAAACUUGUAUAAAUUGAUAGAAGUUUA